AGACGGCAGGAGGGAGGCGGCUCGUGUGCAGCGGUGACGUCACGGGCCGUGUACAGGGAGGCUGGGGGGUGGGAGGCUGGCUGACACCGAGCCAGAACGGCAUCGGGAACGAGGGGAGAGCAGUCUGACUCGAAAUGCAAGAUAAGUAAAUGGCAGACUGGAUUGUAACGUACCACGAGAAGCCGAGCGCUGGUUUAUCUUCCUUCCGCAUGUAACUCACGUUAGCCGGUGCUUGAAAACACAGUCGCCAUUGAAAGAUCCUUUUUUCCUACCGGCUUCGUUCUGCUCGCUGUAUAUAUUAACGUGGAUGCAAGUUCGUAACAUUGUGACCAAAAAAAAGCCGCUACGCUUCAGAUCAAAGGAGAAUUAACUGUACCUGGGCACUUUGUAAUAUAUGCACACCGCACUCUUUCAAGUCAUAUAGAUUUCACGUGUUUUGUUGAACAGGCGAUUAACAUUUUUUUUAAAAUUAUUAUUUAUUUUUACAUUUUCUUUGUCUGGGUUGGUAAUAGGAAAUGGAAGUUGCAUGUUAAAGAAGCCUAAUAUCUAUUAGUUGCAAUGUAGUUCCAUAAACGGAAAAAAUAUAUUUUUUUGGCUAGUUGUAUUGUCGCUCCUUGAACGCAAAAGGGGCCAUAAACCAUUUUCUUUGGAUUUUUUUGGGUUUGUAAAGAAAUUUAAACAUGGGGGAAGACGGGAGUCCCCCGUUGAAGAAGCUGGCUAAGGACAUGGACAUCAGCACUGACGUUCCCAAUGUUGUAAGUAAGGUUCUGACUAUAAAGAUGGAGGUAGAUGAUUAUAAAGAAUCGCCAGGGGAGGAGAAUCGGGACGGUGUUAAAUCAAGCGGUCUCCCUGUUUGUGCAGCUUCUGAGCUGAACCCCGGACUCAAGCACACAUUGGCACAGUUUAAUUUAAGCAGUCGAAGCUCGUUAGGUGGACCUGCUGCUUUUUCUGCCCGGUUUUCACAAGAAAACAUGUCCCCUACGGUGUUCCUGCCCCUUCCAUCCCCUCAGAUUCAUCCCGGACCCCUCCUCAUUCCAUCGGACAGCUCAACGGAACUCACGCAGACGGAACUGGAGGGGGAAUCGAUCUCCUGUUUUAUGGUGGGAGGAGAAAAAAGACUCUGCCUACCUCAAGUCUUAAAUUCAGUUCUCCGGGACUUCUCACUUCAGCAGAUUAACAUUGUCUGCGAUGAAAUGUACAUCUAUUGCUCGCGGUGUACUUCCGACCAGCUCCACAUAUUAAAAGUUUUGGGAAUCCUUCCAUUUAAUGCACCCUCCUGUGGAUUGAUAACCCUGACUGACGCUCAGAGACUAUGCAACGCUCUUUUGCGACCACAUACUUUUCCACAAAACGGUAGCUUGCUGCCCGCAAAAAACUCUUUGGCGCAAUUGAAGGAGACAGGUAGUGCCUUUGAAGUAGAACACGAUUGUUUGGGGAAGUGCCAAGGUUUAUUUGCACCUCAGUUGUAUACCCAGCCAGACGCCCCGUGUAUUCAGUGUCUGGAGUGUUAUGGAAUGUUCUCUACCCAGACGUUUGUCAUGCACUCUCAUCGAUCUCCAGACAAGAGGACCUGCCACUGGGGGUUUGACUCUGCCAAGUGGCACUGUUAUGUUCAUUUGAGUUCGAAGCACCUGGACUCGCAGGAUGUGAAAAAGAUGAAGCUUCUGUUAAAGGAAAUGAAAGAGAAAUUUAGUAGGAAAAAUCAACCUAAGAGGAUCCAGCCCAAAGUUGAGCAUGUGCAGACUUUGGAAUUGCCAUCCUGGUACCCAGUCAUUAAACAAGAAGAUGAUGUGACAGGCCGACGGCAAAUGCUGCAUCCAAGUUACUAUCUCUACAUGUAUGAUAAAGUGGUUGCACCAAAUGUGUCCCUCUCUGCUGCUGUAACACAAUGCAAAGAGGCGAAAGCAGACAGAAAAGAGACGGAUGCCAAUAAGUCUUUGCCUGCUGAGUCAGGGAAGCAGACUCGGAGUAGCAAACCCAAAUCGGCUAGCUCGUAUCCUGACCUUUCUUUAGAGGAGCAAGAGAAGGUGGAUCUAAAGCUGGGUAUACGCGGCAGUAACAGACCACAGCAAAGUUCUCCAGAUGGAGAGAAAGAUGGACCGACUGGCAAUAAAGACGGUGUGUGCGAGGAUGACAAGGGUCACAUUUUGGAAGAAGUGGUGAAAACAUUCCUGAAACAACAAGAAAAACUCAACUACAUUCUCCAGAAGAAACAGCAGAUUCAGAUGGAAGUGGAAAUGCUGAGCAGCUCAAAAACGAUGAAGGAGAUGUCUGCGGAGCAGCAGAGCUUGCAUAGGGAGUUUGAGUCCUUGCAGACAGAACAUAUGCAGAAAAUGGAGGAAUUGUAUGACGAACAGAGGGACCUGGAGGAGAAGCUGAAACAAGUGAAAAAACAGAAAUGCCUGUGCGAUUCUACCACAGACCAGGACAAAGAGACACAAUACGCAAACCAGCUGACAGAAUUGCGGCAGAGACUGGAUCAGGCCGAGGCAGACAGGAGGGAGCUGCAGGACGAGCUCGGGAGAGAGCGGGAAGCCCGAGAAAAGCUGGAGCUGAUGAUUAAAGAGCUAAAGCUUCAAAUUUUAAAAUCGACCAAGGCUGGUGACGGUGAAUAGAAGACGAGUUCUUCUUCUGCCAGGACCUGGGAUGGUUCGGUGGCUUGGACUAAAACGGGAGCCGACCUUCCGGCUGCGUGAUAAUGUUACGUGAUAACAUCUGUAAAAGGUGGUGAGAAGAUGAUGUGCAAUUUGUGAUACCUUUUGCUGCUGAGGCAUCUAUCAAUGUUUUAAUACUUCCAGUUAAUUGCUUAAGGAAUUUUUUUUAUCUUCAUCCAACCCUUCUUCAUCACACGUAUGAAACACGUCACUACUCACCAACCCACCUCACAUGAGCAGUCUAUCCUUGGGUUCAUGGUUUGCAGUGGGCCCUCUCUUCUUCAGAACCAUGUCUUCACUGCACUUCUUGGUCCCGUCUUAUUCUACUAUAAUAAAUAUUAUAUAUAAUGUUACUUUUCAAUGCCCCUCAUUUUUUUUCCACAUGAUGCUGCUAUGACAUUUUUUCCUUUAUUUUUUUUGUUCUGGGGUGUGGAAACGAGGUAUUAACACAAUCUCUCCUUAAAACCAUAUAUACGGAAGGAUUACGCCUUCAUUAUAUGCUAAUCAAUUUGAAGACGCAUUGGAUUCAAAUUCAAAAUAAAUAAAAAAUCCUCUGCGAGUGAAAACA